AUUGCAUUUGAGGUUUGAUUGAUUAAAUUCUCCUCAGUCAAAUUGUGCGAAGAAGGAUGUCGCGCCGGAGAAUUUCAACCGCAGCACCGGCGGUGGAUAAUAUCAGCAGUUUACCAGAAGUGAUUCUGUGCCAUAUUCUGUCUUUCCUCCCCACCAAAGAGGCAGUUGCAACAAGCAUUUUGUCAAAGCGAUGGACACAUCUAUGGCACUCUGUUGACACUAUCAACUUCACAGAUAUCCAAAUCCAUAGAUCCAAAUCCAAUUACACUUUCAACGAAUCGGUUUACUCCGUUUUGGUGUCUAGAGAUGCUGCUGCUGCCGGUGGCUCUCAUCUCAUCAGCAGUUUGUGCCUCAAAAUUUCAUACAGUAACCAUCGUCUCGCACAUCUCAGUUUACCCAAUAUUAUCAAAUGGAUUAACCUUGUUGUUCAACGCAAACUCAAACAUCUUCUUCUUCAUCUAGACGUGAAUGAUGACUUUGAUGAAAACGAUGGUGAUGAUGCUGAUGAAUAUUUUAUACCUAAAAUUCCUGCAAGUGUUCUCACAUGCAAAACCCUAGUAAGUCUCGACCUCAAUAGAUUCGCAACGGAGGAUUUUUCUGAUUCUUUUAUUGGAAUUGAAUUUCCCUCGCUCAAAACCCUUGUUUUGAAAGAUAUUCGAUGCCUCACAGUUAGAGAAUUUAUGGUGCUUCUAUUUGGCUGUCCAAUUCUAGAGUAUUUACAAUUGCGCGAAAUGUGCUUCCAUGGCGAGGAAGAUUCUCUUUCCAUUCCAGAGUUUAAAAGCUUUACCUUACCCAAAUUAAUCACAGCACAUAUCAGAAAUUGUUGUUGUUCAUGUUUUCCGGUGAAAGCACUCUCUAACUCUGAGUCUCUCUGCAUAGAGACAUUAUUCUUGAACAAAAAAGACGGCAUAGUCUAUCAGGUGAAUCAGCCACAAUGCCGUUAUGAAGAGGUUACUAUCUUUCAUAAUUUGACCCAGUUGAAGCUCUACGAUGGUUUUAAUUUGGCACCACAAGUGCUCCAACAGUGUCCUAAGCUUCAAAAUCUUGAUCUUUACCGGUAUGAAUCAGUGGAGAACGAAGAAGAUGAUCAAGAAAAUUGGGUGGAACCUGGAUUUGUUCCACAAUGCUUGUUAUCGUCCCUUAUAACUUGCACUAUUCAUGAUUUAUCAGACCUACCAAGUGAUUUUCUAUUGGCAAAAUAUAUUUUGAGAAAUGCCAAAAUUUUACAAACUAUGACAAUUUGUAGCAACGGGGAACCGUCGGAAAUAGAAAGAAAGUUGUUGUCAUGCCCAAAGGCCUCUGCAACUUGCCGACUUCUUGUUUCUUGAUAACAUAUAGACUAUGUAAGUAUUAGUUUCUCUAUUUGGCUUGUUUCAUUAUCUUCAACUAUGCAACUGUUUGGUUUGGUGGUUUUAACUAUGAUCUAUUAUGAAGGCUGUAACUCUCUCACUUCUCAAUUUCUGAAAAAAUCAUCUUUGAAUUGUUUACUCAA